AUGACAAACAUCGUGCAAGCCAAUUUUCUCUACAACUGUAUAUUUAGCAUUUCGGGCAUCCAGUCUCAUGCUCAGUUCAGUGCGUAUAUUGUGAAGGCCGAGCCAUACUUUAUCGCCCGGACGUGUUGGGUGAUCCACCCUGACCCUGUCGAUGUCGUCGACGACGGCGAAAAAUACAGCAUGAAGUAUGAGAUCAGCGACAAGGUCACACCUGCCGACACCUGGAAAACAAGCAAUGCGGAGAGAUUCCUCUGGGACUUCCUCGUCAACAACGGCACUGAAGACUGGGCGUCGCAGAUCACCCAACAGACCAUCGGUAGCAGCGAGGGCGGAUCCAAGAUGUACUUCAUUCAGAUCUCCAUGGCGCGCUGCUUCGGUAUGUUCCUCCAGAUGCACGAGGCCAUGCAGGACUACGCCAUCGAGCAGCUCUCCUCCGGCAUCAAGGGCAUUGUGUCGGAUUUGGGUACCCCCAAGGUGGAUAGCUCGAUCGUGCCAUUGCUGUUGGGCGUGAUGGCCACCGCGUCUAGUUUUGCGCCCACUUUGUGGUUUGUGGGUUCGCCGUUGGCGUUUGCUUCAGGUCUGUUUAGUUCCAUGUCGGCGUUGAUGAGCGCCAAUCCACCUGAGUUGUCUACCAAUGACGCUCUUGAGGAACAGUUGGGGAAGGUGUUUGGCCCUGCGCAGAAGCAUCUAGAAGAAAGUAUUAAGACUAUCUUCAACGGCAAACCGCUCUUCCAUUGGGACGGUGAUUAUGGUAUUAAGCGCCACAUUGCCGAUACUUUUGCCGAUGGAAAGUUCCUGGAUAAGAAUAUCGUUAAUAAGGCGGUGGAGAGCUGGAAGAAGGCCGUUACACAUCAGAUUACUCAAGGGUUGGUGGUCAACGCACUGAAACAUGAAGGUUAUGUAGUCUUCGUCGAUGCCAGCCAAAACGAGGGUUCCUGCAAAGAUGCUUCCGGUCAAUGGAUUGAUAGUGAAUGCUACACCAUCGUUAAACAAUCCGACCGCGGAACCGGCGAUCCCGGAUCUCGACCAGAAGAGACCGUCGUUCACAUGAACGGGGAGAUGAUGAAGAAACUCUCUGACUCGGACCAUGACUUCGAUAUGGUGGAGUUUUUCACCAACGCCAAGAACUGCGAAGGAGGCGAGCCUUCCUUUGGAGUGCCCAAUUUCGAUGAGAACUCGAAACUGCCCACCUGCUUUGUCAACAUAUCUGUGAUGAAAGGGAGUGUGUCACGUUGGUCCGCCCAGUUAUCUGUAUAUAGCAUGAUCUCUGGUGACCUCGGGGGGUGA